GUGGUAUCGAUUAUGGACAAAGUUCAUAUUGGUAUGGGCAGUGUACUCAUCGUUUUUCACUCCAAUGGAGUUUGGAUUCUUUCGUGGGUUGCCUGAGAAUCUGUUUAUAUUGGAUAUCAUAGGGCAGCUAGCUUUUCUUGUGGACAUAAUUUUGCAGUUCUUUCUUGCUUAUAGAGAUAGUCAGACCUAUCGCAUGGUCUACAAGCGUACCCCUAUUGCUUUGCGGUACCUAAAAACUGACUUCAUCUUUGAUUUUCUUGGAUGUAUGCCUUGGGAUAUCAUAUUCAAGGUUUGUGGACACAGAGAAGAAGUUAGGUACCUCUUGUGGAUCAGAUUAUAUCGGGUGCGGAAAGUCACCGAAUUUUUCCAUAAUUUGGAGAAGGAUAUACGUGUUAAUUACAUCAUUACUCGGAUUGUGAAACUUUUAGUAGUUGAACUCUACUGCACCCACACUGCAGCCUGCAUUUUCUACUAUUUGGCUACUACACUUCCUGAAUCUCAAGAAGAGUACACAUGGAUUGGAAGUUUACAGCUUGGUGGUUAUAGUUAUCAACAUUUCAGAGAAAUUGAUCUUUGGAAGCGCUAUACAACAUCCUUGUAUUUUGCUAUCGUUACUAUGGCUACUGUCGGCUAUGGAGAUAUACAUGCAGUAAACUUGAGGGAGAUGAUAUUCAUAAUGAUAUAUGUCUCAUUUGAUAUGGUUCUUGGUGCUUAUUUGAUCGGUAACAUGACAGCUUUGAUAGUCAAGGGAUCAAAAACUGAGAAAUUUAGGGACAAGAUGACAGAUCUUAUGAAAUAUAUGAAUAGAAAUAGACUUGGACGGGAUAUCCGUGAACAAAUAAAAGGCCAUCUGCGCUUACAGUUUGAGAGUAGCUAUACCGAGGCUGCCGUCCUUCAGGAAAUUCCCAUUUCUAUUCGCUCUAAGAUAUCUCAAACAUUAUACUUGCCAUGCAUUCAAAUGGUUCCUCUUUUUAAGGGCUGUUCUUCAGAAUUCAUCAAUCAGAUAGUUACCAGGCUCCACGAGGAAUUUUUUCUUCCAGGAGAGGUUAUCAUGGAACAAGGAAAUGUCGUGGAUCAACUAUAUUUUGUCUGUCAUGGUGUGCUGGAGUUAGUAGGCACUGCUGAGGAUGGGACUGAAGAAACUGUUUCACUUCUGGAACCUAACAGUUCAUUUGGAGAGAUAUCCAUUCUUUGCAACAUUCCUCAACCAUAUACUGUUCGUGUCUGCGAACUCUGUAGGCUCCUGAGGCUUGAUAAACAAUCGUUUACAAAUAUCCUUGAUAUAUACUUUUAUGAUGGAAGGAAGAUAUUAAACAACCUUCUUGAGGGAAAAGAGACUUCUCGUGGUAAGCAAUUAGAGUCAGACAUCACAUUUCAUAUUGGAAAGCAAGAAGCUGAACUUGCUUUGAAGGUCAACAGUGCAGCUUUCAAUGGGGAUCUGUAUCAGCUAAAAGGUUUAGUUAGAGCUGGAGCUGAUCCCAACAAGACAGAUUACGAUGGAAGAUCACCUUUGCAUCUUGCUGCAUCCAGAGGCUACGAAGACAUCACACUUUUCCUUAUUCAAGAAGGCGUAGACAUCAAUGUUAGCGAUAAUUUUGGGAACACACCCUUACUUGAAGCAGUUAAGAGUGGACAUGAUCGUGUUGCUUCUUUACUUGUUAGAGAAGGAGCCGCCAUGAAGAUAGAAGAUGGCGGUAGUUUUCUAUGCACAGCAGUUGCAAGGGGAGAUUCAGAUUAUCUUAAAAGGCUACUGUCUAAUGGCAUGGAUCCCAACUUGAAAGAUUAUGAUUACCGAAGCCCUUUGCACGUUGCUGCAGCUGAAGGUUUAUACUUCAUGGCAAAGUUGCUAUUAGAAGCUGGAGCCAGUGUUUUUACCAAGGACAGAUGGGGAAAAACCCCACUUGAUGAAGCUCGAAUGAGUGGAAAUAAGAACCUAAUCAAACUACUAGAAGAUGCAAAAUCUGCUCAGUUGUCAGAAUUGCUAUGUCCCGCACAAGAACUUACAGAUAAAAUGCAUCCACAGAAAUGUACAGUGUUCCCUUUCCACCCAUGGGAUCCAAAAGAUCAUACAAAACAUGGCAUUGUAUUAUGGAUCCCACAUACUAUUGAAGAGCUAAUCAAAAUGGCAGCGGAUCAAUUUGAGUUUCCUAGUGAUUCUUGUGUUUUUAUUUUAUCAGAAGAUGCUGGUAAAAUUACUGAUGUGGACAUGAUUAAAGAUGGUCAGAAGCUCUAUUUAGUUCAUCAAACACAUUAGACUUUGAUCCAAUUCAUACCACGACCACAAUUCUUAUAUUAAAGUAACAGCGUGCCCUUUUUUGUAACGUGUUGUAGUUGUUCGGCUCAGGAUUCGGUGGUCUAGGAAACUUUGGACCACUUAGUGGUCCAAGUAGAAAACAUGCUUUUUAAGAUUUUUUAACAACUGCUACAUAGUCCUUUAACUAAUUUUAAUUAUAAA